AUGCCUUCAAGUCAAUCUUGGUUGACCAUUGGAAGUCUUGCGCUCGAGUGCGCUCUUCCAGCGCUGGCAUUUCCACAGGCCUCACCCUCACCUAAGGCAUCCCAUUCCUACUCAUCGUUCCAGUAUACUCCGGUGACGUCAGAUGUUUUUGCGACGCCACUACCUUCCUCGCUUUCUUUCCCAACCCCUUUCGCUCCUCCGUUCCGUGAUGCCUCUACGUUGCUACCGGAUAACGUCACUACCACGACGUAUUCAUACAAUCCUACGAUUACCCAUUCCCCGGACGGUCAGUAUGGCCAAAGCGCAUACGCUGCACUGUGGAAGGAUUAUUCCUAUACCACGUCGCCUCCAUUCACAACGACCGCAUCCCCGACUCCAGUGGCAAAAUCUGAGCUGGUCUUUCCUCCGGCUUUAUACAAUGCGCCUCCGGACACGGGAUACCGAUUCCCCAAGGAUUUCAUCUGGGGCGUCUCAAGCAGCGCAUGGCAAAUUGAAGGAGCUCUACAGCUCGAAGGUCGUGGACCCGGAAAAUUGGAUGAACUCGGCAACGUCCUGUCCUCUGAGACCGGCAGUCUCAACGACUCCAACGUAGCAAACAUGCACUACUUCCUCUACAAGCAAGACAUUGCUCGUCUUGCCGCCAUCGGGGUUCCUUACUACUCGUUCUCUAUCUCCUGGUCGCGCAUCCUGCCCUUCGGUGUGGCCGGAUCCCCGAUCAACAAACAAGGUCUAGAUCACUACGACGACCUCAUCAACACCUGUCUUGAGUACGGCGUCACGCCCAUCGUCACGCUCAACCACGCCGACAUGCCCCCCUCUGUCACUGAGGAUGUCGACUCCCUGCGCUCCCACUUUCUCUACUACGCCCAGAUCGCAAUGACCCGCUACGCCGACCGCGUACCUUACUGGGUAACCUUCAACGAACCCAACAUUUCCCCUGGCCUCAUGCUUUCCUCCUACGGCGACCUCACGCAGCUUCUCCUCGCACACGCCGACGUCUACAGAUGGUACAAAGACACCCUCCGCGGUACCGGCAAGGUCACUCUCAAAUUCGCGCACAACCUCGGCGUCCCACAGGACCUCAAAAACGCAACCCACCACGCCGCCGCCACGCGCUACCAGUCCUUCAUCCUCGGCAUCAUGGCCAACCCACUCUUCCUCGGCCAGCAAUACCCCGAGGAAACCCUGAACACCAACACCAACGGCACAAACCUCACACCUCUUACAGACGCCCAGAUUACACACAUACACAGUACCAUGGACUUCUGGUCCUUCGACCCCUACACAGCUCAGUUCGUCACUCCCCUCGCAGACGAACAAUCAUGCGUCACCAACACCUCGCACCCAUCCUGGCCCACCUGCGUCUCUCUCACCAACAUCCAAUCCAACGGCUGGGCCAUGGGCCACGCAUCCAACGACUACGCAUACAUCGCGCCGCAGUACGUGCGCCAACAGCUCGGAUACAUCUGGAACACGUACCGACCGUCCGGGAUCCUGAUCGCGGAGUACGGAUUCAACCCAUUCGAGGAAAGUAAGCGGUCCGAGUCGGCGCAGCGAUAUGACCUCGAGCGAACGCUGUAUUAUUACGAUUUCCUAUCCGAGACGAUGAAGGCGAGGGAGGAGGAUGGAGUGAAUGUUAUUGGGGCGCUGGCGUGGUCGUUGCAAGAUAAUAACGAGUUUGGGAGUUAUGGGGAACAGUAUGGGUUGCAGGGGGUGAAUCGGACGGAUGGACGCUUUACGAGGUUUUAUAAGAGGAGUUUGUUUGAUUAUGUGGGUUUCUUUCAGAAGUAUGUUGAGAGAUGGUGA